UGCGGUCGCCUCUGUUGAGCUGUCACUCUCCGGUGACCAGAUGACUCUGGAGGCUGGUUUUGUUGUUGCUCUGACGUCAGUGUGAGCUACAAUGAAGCUGACAACAUGAGUAUAAAAGCUCGUUUGAAGGCUCGCGCUCUGGUGCUCCAAGCUCCUGCUCUGCCACCGGGUUAACGUCAGGCUGCCGCACGAGCGUGGGCUGAGGGGACCAAGAUGCACUUUCCGAGCUUCACAUCCGCCGUUUUACUACAGCUGGCUUUCUGCGCUGUACUGCAUGGUGCCAAAUGGACAUACAGUGGGCCAGAGGGAGAGCACCACUGGUCUAAGAAUUAUCCAUAUUGUGGUGGAACUUUCCAGUCUCCAAUAGACAUCAAGUCAGAGCUGCUGAGGUUCGACCCGACUUUACGUCCGAUUGAGGUUCAGAACUACAACCUGUCACCCAAUGAGCAGCUCACUCUUGGGAAUAAUGGACAUUCUGUGCAAAUCUCCCUGCCCUCUAAGAUGCACAUCUCCAGCCUGCCUCAUCAUUACACUGCAGCUCAGCUUCAUUUCCACUGGGGCUCCUCCAACAGGGCUGCCGGCUCCGAGCACACGGUGAACAGUAAGCAGUAUGCAGCAGAGAUGCAUGUGGUACACUUCAAUUCAGAUAAGUACCCCAAUAUGUCCAUGGCCGUAGACAAAUCUGAUGGCCUGGCAGUGCUGGGUGUCCUGAUUGAGGUUGGUGAGUUCAGUCCUGCCUUUGAACAGUUUCUAAAGUUCAUCAAUGGGAUCAAAUACAGAGAUCAGAGAGUGCAGGUGCCCGGCUUCAACAUCAGAGCGCUGCUGCCUGCACGUUUGGAUGAGUACUAUCGCUACGACGGGUCCCUGACAACUCCUCCGUGCUAUCCAAGUGUACUGUGGACAGUGUUCAGGAAUCAUGUGACAAUAUCUCGCAAACAGUUUCUUGCCCUGGCAACAGCCCUCUACUCCUCCCAUGCCCAGGACUCAGCCCCUGUGCCACUGAAUGGCAACUACAGGAAACCACAGCUCGCUGACAGCCGAGUUGUCCUGGUAUCAUUUAAAGAGGCUGAUCCAUCUUGGAUGAACACUGGUCUACUGGUUACCAUUGUGGUGGGCUCUGCACUGGGACUUGUUCUCAUUGUCUCUUUAAUUUGCUGUCUAUUAAGGCAAAAAAGAUCCGCUGCUGAACAGGACAAAGCCAAAGGUGUUGGAUACAACAUUGGCGAGAGAGAUGAGUACAGCUCAAGAGUAUAGCUCCCAGGACCUCGAUUCAAAUGAACUCAAUAACCAUUUGUCCUUUCGCACCACUCGUACUGUUACUGUUUGUGAAAUUGUCCCAUGGGUCAGUUUGGACAUGUGGUGGAAGCACGCAAGGUUUGAGUAGAUCACUUGAUGAAUGUUGCAAGCAGCUCUGGGGUUUUGGGAAGUACUGUUUUUUUUUCUCAAGCCACAGUCUGGACUUCCUCUACUGUGUUGUGGCCGGCAGAACAUGAUAGGUCUCCAUGCUGGACGUUUAAAAGGUUGUUUUAUGUUGUAUGACUACUUCCUUAGAGCAAGAGGAACAUCUGUCCUCUCAAAUCCCCUUUUAUUUAUCUGACAUGAUGUGGUCAGUUCCUGGAGAAGAGCUCCAGGACACUUCCAGGCAAACACAGUCAGGCCAGAGCUGAACUGGUGAGAAUCUCAGGUCAAGUUAGAGCAUGGCACCCGUUCCCUUGGGCUGUCUUGGCAUGGUGGAAAGCCCAACCACAGUCCAAACAAUAGGGGGAUAGGAGUCGACAGACAUCCCUGAUGGUAGGGUGGCCUGAGAGGGAUGGGCUAUACCACAUUUCCACCAACCCUCUACUUAGAGCUGCUCUAUGGAUUUUAUAAUAAAAGGCCACUCAGCUCCGUACAAAUACAGAAACACACAGCUCUUUCCCUGUGAAUAAUGCUGAGAGAAAAAAAAGGCUUUUGUAUAUUCAGACUGCAUGUGGGCUGACCCCUAACCCCUGUCCCCCGUCUGAUCACGAGAUUAACUCCCAGCACUCCUCAGUUUGACUGUAGCCUGUGAAGUUAACCACAGGAUCCCUGGAGAGUUAUUACAUCAUCAUGUCAUCCUCACAGGGUUUCUCUUGGGAAUUUUAUCAUUUAUUCUGUUUUUAUCAUAUCCAUACAUUUCUCUUGGAUCAUUCUUGAUGUUCCUGGAUGUAUGUUCAAUAUAUUUGCAUGCUUAUUGCACUUUUACUGUAAGCCCAAACAUUAGAUACUUCUCAGCAGGCUACCUGAUAAAAUGAGGAAAUGAUUGAAUUGUAAAAAAAAAAAAGCACAGGGGGAAGGUUUCUCUACAAUAAAAUCUUAUGGUGUUGCAUUGAUCUUCCGCAACAAAGUGUUAUUUACUAGUCCUGCAAUACAAGGCUUUCUUGCCUGCUUGUUGCUGCUUGUGGUGUCAUUUCACUGUUGACAUCCCGUGUCACUCCGUAUGUUAAACUGUUUUGUAAAUUUUAGUUGUGCCAUAGUGUUUUUCAGCUGUUACUUUGUGUAUGAUAAAAUAUAGUAAAUAACUGAAUAAAUGUCAU